AUGCGAGACUCUCACGCGCGGGGCUUGCGGGUGAAUGUGGGCGGGUCCUUCGCCAGGGUCAUGGCGUUGACGGGUUCGCAGGGCCCUUCGCCAGGGCGCCGCUGGGUUCUUCGCCAGGCUAUGGCUGGGUUCUUCGCCAGGCGCGCGGCCCGACUGACUGGGGCGAGCUGCGCGUUCGCCGCCUCUGGCAGGGCGCUCGAGAUGCUCGCGGCCAUGAACACCGACGAGGCCCGCAGCAAUACGAAGCUCGCCCACGGCAUUCCACCCGAGAUCGUGGAUGGGGGCAAUCGCUACAUCCGUUACGACGCGUCCAAGAUGGGCCCGAACACAGCGUGGGCCAACAUCGAGGCGUUCCUUCUCAAGCACAGCCUCCUCUGGGAGGAGACCCCAGAGCCAGAUGCCAUCGCGGUUCACAGCGACAACAGAGGGGGGCUCAUGUGUUCAGGAGAGGACGUCGAAGAUAAAGGCCGUUCCAUCAUAGAAGUUGGAGUAAAAGUGCCGCAUGGCGCGCUGGCCAUGCAGCUGUGUCCCCUGGAUGAUCCGAUGCGGGAGGUCCACGUCGUGAACAACAAGCUGAUGAUCGAGAGGGCUGGCGGCAAGCUCGCCGAGUGGACGGGGAAGGAGCGGCUGCUGACCCUUGCCACGAGCCACUGCAGCCAGUUCGCGAAGGCCGUGCUGGCGAGGUGCACGACCGACGUCGAGAUUCUCCAAGAUGCAGGCGGCAGGCUGUCGAGGGCGAAGUUGGAGGAGAGAGACCCGAACAUGAAGGCGUUCUUGGAUGGCUGGAAAUUCAAAGUAAUGUCUUGGAAGUGCGAGAUUGCGUGGCCUGGUCUCGCACACCUAUCGCAGCUAGCCCAGAACACCGAUAACAAGGUUGGCAAGGCAAUGGGGGAGCUGGAGACCGCCAUCGCCAUCAUGAAAUACAACGCGCGCGGCAUGUCAUGGGACAGCGCCGCUGUUGCUGCGAGCGCGACGUCCGCUGAGGACAAGUCGAUCCCAGGGAUCCGUGCGAUCGCCAAAUUCUUUGGCCACGACGCGGGCGCGCCCCUGGUCACCCGCCUGGAGAAGUUCAGGAGCUCGCUGCAGCUGAAGGUGAAGAUGGGCGGCCCAUAUUUGGUGGACAUCGCGAACAUGGCGUUCAAGGGUCAGAGUUUGAAGAAGUUCCCCUUCGUUCGGUUGGGCUGCAUGGCAGUGAACCUUCUCACGCACAAAGUCGAGCAUGACAUUGGCAUGUGCUUCCAGAAGUCCGAUCUCACCUGGAUCCAGAAUCCGACGAACUACGCCGCAGUGGAUGCAUUCGAGUCGUCGGCGAUGCAGUUGGACGAGUGGUUGGAAUCGAUGGUGGUGGAGGGCCAGCUUGGCGAGAACGAUCGGUGUAACAUAAUGUUUAAGUUCCUCAUCCGCAAUUGUUUGCACCUGCGUCAGAAGGAGAAGCUCGGCUACGAGAAGAAGGUGUUCAACAACAGCGCCGAGAUCCGCAGCGCGGCUGCAAGCGAUAUUCAGAAAAUCACGGGCGGCGUCGGCCAUUGCAAGUGGCAGCCUAUGGCGGUUACCACGGGAGGCGAGUGUCAUCAGCCGAAGGCGGGUGCCCAGCGCACGCCAGCGGCUGCCGCCGACUUGAACUCAGAGGCGAAGGUGCUCGAGAACAAGGGGUUCACCGUCGGGAAGCAGGUGCUCGAGUGCGGGGCUACACCUUUAUCGGGCCUCUACGCGAUCGCGAAGAUCUCGGACGGCAAGGUCGUUCUGGAGAAGGAGACGUUCGGCGGCUUGCAGCGCGCCUUCUCGGUGGAGUUGACGGCGAUCGAGUUUGCCCAGAAGUUCAAGGCCGUUGCCGACGCGGCGAAGCUCCCGAUCGCGAUGUCCACCAGCGCCUCCACGCGUCAUGUCCGAUCUCGCUCGCACUUCGUCCACGACUGGGCGCGGUGCAGGGCGUGGAGAACCAUUUCUUCUGUUGCGAUCGGCUCGUGCAUCGACGACGGGGCCUGCUUCAUCUACAUGUGCAACCCGAAGAAGCUGUUCACCAAGCGGGCCUUCGAGCCGAAGCAGCUCCAGAUCGUUCCCAGUACGACCCUUGACGGCACCAGGCUCGACGAGAAGAUGAAGUGCGUCAACUCGAUGGCCUCGAUCACCGUGUAUCUCGACGACGACGGCGAGGCAGUCGACUUGCACUUCGUGCUCGCAGCGCCGCCCACGUCUUCGGUCAACGAGCCGACGAAGUGGGACGAGAAGGUCACGUUCGAGCCCUACUGGUGGAUGGCGUCGACCAGCGACGAGAAGCUUGCGACGGUGACCAAGCAGAUGGUGUGCAAGGACGGGGUCGUGUUCCCUACAUUCGUCAACAAUGAAGCGCUGGGUGCGAACGCGGAGAUCAUGUACCUCACCCCGAAGAAGGAGAGCGCGCCGAAGACCUCGCUCGAGGAGCGCGCCACGGCCAUGCAGGACCGCUGCCCCGUGCCGACGAUGAGGAGGAAGCGGUUCAAGCAGACGGUGGCCGAGGAAGAUCCGCGGGAGGCGGCAUUAGCAGAGCGCCCUGAGUUCGAGGAGGACAUCCCCGAGUCCGAGAAGGAGAAGCUCCCCGAGUUCGCGGAGGGGCCCGAGAAUGGGAAGUUCAAGAUGACCUUGACGCACACCUACACCAACUUCCACAACAUCCCUGAUAGCGUCGACGUGCGGUCCGUGUUCAGGGACAUGAUGUCCAAAGCAGGCCGCACAGACUUCGAGGAUGAUACGCAGAAGGGUGGCGUCAAGCGCAAGAUCAGCGUUACUUACGCGUGCGUGGAGACGUGCAGCCCACAGUCUACCCAGCGGGCUCACCCAUCGAGUUCAUCCAGCGACUGA